AAAAGAUUCAUUAAAUUCGAUAAGCUUUGCUUAUUUCUAUUCAACAAGUAAAGAGAAGACAGGAACAGAGCUCUCUUCAAACAAUCAGACAAGAAACAAAAAAAUGAUAAAGCUUUGCUUCAUGACUUCUUAUGGCUACUCAAUAGCUGGCCUUGGUCUUCCUUAUGAGUUCAGUAACGCCGAUAUCAUCAUCAAGAAGAGCCAGUCUUAUCUUGUGAAACACGGAACCAUCUCCAUGAAGAGGAAAACUAAAGAGAGAGACCUCUACAAAAGGAACCAUCUCCAUGCUUACGAGAGCCUUUUGUCUUUAAUGAUAGGCAAUGAUCAUCAACACAAACAAACAACAAUACAGAGAUCAAGCAGAGAGAUAUCAGAGAUUCUUACUCAGUUUUCUAUCACCGCCGCCGGAGCUGGAAUCGCUGUGCUGUUCUCAGUUGUCUAUAGGCUUGCUUCAAGGCGUGUACCCUUCUGCGCAAACAAGUUUGUAGACACUGGACUUGGUUUCAGUUUGGUAUUACUGUCAUGGGCUGUAAAUAUACUCAGAGAGGUGAUUAGGAAAGCAAACAAGCAAUGCUCAAGUUUGAAGGGAGAUGAAAUCAUAAAGAAUGUGGAGAGAGGCAUCAAGGAAGUUUACUUCAGAGCUGCCACUGUAAUCAUAGUGUUUACCUUUAGGUUUGCUUGUUGAGUUGCUCACAAGUUUUGUAAGAAUCUCUUCCAUUGAUUUUAUGAAAAUAAAAUAUCAUCUCUGAUUAUUUUAGCUAAA